AGGGGCGCCUGUCAAGCCGAGGCGCCGGUGGGUGGGGGGAGGGCACGGGCACCGCCAUGCUCCGCCGAGGGAGUCCGCUGGCCGGUCUGCGGCCCUUGCUGGUGGCGCGGCAGCCGCUCUUCGCCAACCCGGAGGAGCCCCGGAGGCCGCUUCGGCUCAGCAGCGUCCGCGGCGGGGAUUUCUUCCGAGAAUUUAAGAAGUUGACCGAUUUCCGGAACUUAAAGGUUGACUUUGAUCCCUUCUCUCCAAAAAGAGAUCUCCCUCCUGAGCAUUCCGAUGUGGUGAUCAUUGGAGGUGGGAUAAUAGGCUGGUCCAUUGCCUACUGGCUGAAAGCCAAAGAAACACGCAGAAAUGCCAUUCGAGUGUUGGUAAUUGAGAGAGACAAUACUUAUUCCAAAGCAUCCACAGUUCUUUCUGCCGGAGGGAUACGGCAGCAGUUUUCAGUGGAAGAAAAUAUCUGGAUGAGCGCUUUCUCAGCAAACUUCUUGCGUUUAAUCAAUGAUCAUCUUGGUGUUGUUGGAGAACCACCCAUUGAUAUUCAAUUUAAUCAUUCAGGUUAUCUCUUUCUCGCAUCGGAGAAUGAAGCUGCAAUUUUGGAGGAGAAUGUAAACCUUCAAAGAAAGGAAGGAGUAGCUGUCUCUCUGCUUUCACCAGCGCAAUUGAAAAAGAAAUUUCCAUGGUUGAACACCGAUGGCGUCGCUCUGGCUUCUCAUGGCUUGGAAAAUGAGGGCUGGUUUGAUCCCUGGACUCUUCUCAAUGCUUUCAAGAGAAAAGCCGUCUCUCUGGGCACGCGCCAGUAUAACGGAGAAGUGACAUCUUUCAACUCGGUUCCUUUUCAAAUGAAGAUUAACGAUCAGGAUUGUACAGUCUCGCGUAUUAACUCUGUAAAUGUCCAUCUGCCCGAAAGUUUUGAACGUGCCAAGGUAGACUGUUCUAUAGUGGUAAAUGCGGCAGGAGCCUGGUCAGGCAGAGUGGCCGAGAUGGCUGGAAUUGGGAUUUCGUCCAAAAACUUCCUAACAGAGAUCAAGUUUCCAGUAGAACCCAAGAAAAGGUAUGUCUAUGUCUGGCACUGCCCUGAGGGACCGGGCUUGGAGUGCCCAUUCCUCAUUGAUACUACUGGAGCAUACUUCCGAAGAGAAGGUUUGGGUGGCAACUAUCUUGGAGGCUUAAGCCCAACAGAAAAAGAAGAGCCAGAUAUCGAAAAUUUGGACGUAGACCCUGAGUUCUUCCAGGAAAAAGUCUGGCCUAAGCUUGCCCACCGAGUGCCGCCCUUUGAAUCUUUGAAGGUAAAAAGUUCCUGGGCCGGUUACUAUGACUACAAUACGUUCGAUCAGAACCCUGUGAUUGGCAGGCACCCACAAGUGUCAAACCUCUACUUUGCUUCAGGCUUCAGUGGGCAUGGAUUACAGCACGCCCCAGCUGUGGGACAAGCGGUAGCCGAGCUCAUUCUGGACCUUAAAUAUAAGUCCAUCAACCUUGAGCGAUUCUCCUUCGACAGGCUUAUCAAAGACGAGAAGCUUCUUGAGAGAAAUAUAGUCUAAAGCCACCCAAGUUGGGAUUCAUUUGAAGAGUGAGUUUUUAGCUGUUUAUUCUCCCUCUACUUUUCAUCCUCAGGCCUAGUCAUUACAUCAGAGGCCUUCAAACUUGGCCACUUUAAGACCUGUGGACUUCAUAGCUGGCUGGAGAAUUCUGGGAGUUGAAGUCCACAAGUCUUAAAGCGGCCAAGUUUGAAGACCUCUGCAUCGCAUGCUCAGGCGGCAGCACAAGGAAGUUGCUCUGACUAAGAUACAGCACAGCUGCGGUUCAUUUUAAUGGGUCCAUUUUGUGCAGAAUAACUCAAAGAGAAACUGAAGAGUUGUGUCUGAUGGCUGCUGUGAUCAAAGCUCGCGGAACCUGAAACCUGAAGAGGAGACUUGUGGAGGAGAGGGUUUUUCCCUCCCCAGCUAUACGUCUUCUGCUCCCCUAUGUCAUUUCUCCUGUGCAUGAGAGCUUAAGCUUCUCUUUCAGCGGAGGGAUUUGGAGAAAGAGGAAGGAGAUGACAAAAAGAUCUGCCGUCCCUUUUUGACCUCUUCCUCCCGCCAUUUGGCCUAGUCGGACUCUGGCGUCUGCUUAGGUCAGCAUUAAGAGGAAGAGGAAGUGCAGCGGCUUAUUCCAGAUCAUUUGUAGGAUUGUGGCUGAAGGGAGAGAAAAGGAAACGACUGAACCAGGCCACUUCUUAAAUACUUCUCCCUUCUCCCUCCUUCAAGUCAAAAUUUAGAUCAAGAAUAGGGAUGUCCUGGACGGAAAUAGAAGUUUACAGAGAAUAAAGCUUUACCUGCAGCCAUUCAUCAGCUAGGUUCCUCUACAUUCAGGUGUUUCUCAAACCUGGAAAUAUUAAGAUGGACGGACCAGUUCCCAGAAUUCCCCAGCCGGAAGAGUUGAAGUCUACACAUUUUAUUAUUUCCCAGGUUUGAGAAAUGCUACAGUAGUGGCCAAAAUUAUGGAAACCUUUUGGGAAAAGGGGUAUUUUCUAAAACUAGCUAAUAACACCACUUUUUUUUUUUUUUUUGGAGAAGUACCAUAAAAUUAUAUAUCAAUGGAAAGAUAAUUUAAUCAAGAAUAAUGCAAUAAUUUUUAUGAAGGAUUUGCAAUUAGAAUAGCAGUUACGGUAUAAAGAAAAGUGAAACACGUAGAAAAAACGAGAUAUAUAAAAAUGAUCACUAAAAAAACCCUGAGAUAUACAAAAAUGAUCACUGUAGAAAAAACGAGAUAUACAAAAAAUUAUCACCAUGUCAGUUAAUAAUUAGUUGGGUAACCUUUAGCAUGAAUUACGGCUUUACAAUGUCUUCCCAUGGAGUGAACCAAGUCUUUUAAUCCUUUCAAUUGGGUUAAGGUCUGGGCUAUUCCCAGGCCAUUCCAGCAGUGGAAUAGGAUUAUUUGAAAUGUCCCCCCAAAAGUUGUGUUAUUAGCCAUCAAACCUCAAAAAUACACUUUUCCCAAAAGGUUUCCACAAUUUUGGCCACUACUGUACCCUAAAGAGCUCUCCCUUCUCUAGUUCAUCUCCAGUACCUGAUAUGCAGAAGUAUACCAAAUCUAUAGGAAAUUUUAAUUUGUUUUUUCAACUGAAAGUUACUCCUAAAAUAUCUACUUCAAUCUUCUUACAAAGUUCCUAAUUUGAUUUUUUUAAUCGAGUUUUGGAAGAGGGCCACAACUGGGACAUAAAUACAGUGUGAGGUGCAGAGAAGGUGCCAUCAGCAUUCUCUUCCAACAUACGUGGAUCAUGUACUGUAAAACAUGUUGAUUUUAGACAUAGACUCGGGAACCUUAAAUCCACAGAAUGGAAUAGUGAUGUACUGAGUUUAGUGCAUCACAGUGCAAGUAAUUUUUAACAACGUUGACAGUGUAAGCCAAUAAAACAAAUUAUUUCCAAAUG